GUUUUUCCUUUAUUCUAAAUUUAAAAGAUGAUGUAAAAAUGUGAUAUGAAUGUAUAACAUUCAAUUCUCUAUUCAGCUUCAGCAAUAAAACAAAACAAUUAUUUAUACAGGGUGAUUGAUUAGUGGGAUAAAGCUCCCUAGAUCGGUUGUAGUAAUAUAGGGAUAACAUGACCUCCACAGCAAAGAGGCCUUCAAAAUACAUGGACUAAAAGGGAUGGCAUUUUCUGAUAGUGAUUCUGAUGAGGGAAUGGACACCGAAGAUUAUAAAGAAUAUGAGCCUCCUCCCAUAGAUAUAUCAAAAUGUCAUGUGUAUACUAUAACACAAACGAACCAAUGGGAAGAGGAAAAUGCUGUUGCUGCCAAUCCUUGGCAAAAUAUACCUCAAAACACAGGCGCUGUACAUCAAAAUGUUACAAACAAUGAAUAUAAAAUGGGUAAGAAAAUAGUCGAGAACAAAAAUAAUACUAAGAGUACUAAAAAUACGAACAGAUAUGCAAUCAAUUUAAAUCAGCAAGGUAGUGUGCAACUUUCAGAAAAAUCUUUUCACAUAUACGAUAUAAUUAAAACGUAUAAUCAAUUUCCAACAACUAGUAAGAAAAAAAUGCAAGAAUUUGAGGAGAAAUUCAAAAGUACAAAACUACGUGUAAAUACUACUUUUCCACUUCCUGUUUCUAUUAAAGAUCUAGUGAGAGCCUUGGUAGUGGCAUUUCUUUUUAAUAUAGAUGUACAAGAAUCGACCAUUGAUAAUAUGUUUCAAAUAACAACUAACAUAUCCAUGUUGGAGCAUGACCUUAAACUACAUUUUAGAAAUAUGAUGGCACAAAUUAUGAUACCCCCCAAUAAUGUACUUUUUUUUGAAUUUCACGAAAAACUGGAAAGGUUACUACUUCAAAGAUACAAGGAAGUUCAUCAACCAUGUCUAAAUGGACGUCUGAGUAGGACUGUUAGUCCUAUUGAUAUGGCGCAGAAUCAAAUUGAAAAAGAUGUUAAUUCUAUUACUAAACAGGAUAUCAAUAAUCAAGUUUCAGAAUCUUUAUUUGGUAAUAUUCAAUUUCUAGAUAUUGUUCUACAACUUUCAAGCGAAGCUGUUGAAAUUUAUUUGGGCAUUAAAGAACAUACUCGAUGGUCAUCUACUAGUACAUCUCAAAAGCAGGAUGAUCCAUUAAUUAGUGAGAAAAUUCAAAUGGACCUUGAAAGAAGUUUUCUUCGUGCAAAACCCAGUCCAGAUAAUUCAGUUUAUACGAGAAUAAGAGAGUUGGUCAGAGCAAUAACUGUAGCACUUCUUUUUGGAAUAAAUGUAAGCAAGUCAUUUAUCCAUCCUUUGAAAAGCGAUAUUUUGCAAAUUGAUAUCGAACCACCUUUGCUUGAAAUUGAAGUAAGAAAACAUUUCCGAGAGAUGAUGGCACUUUUACAGGUCCCACCUGAAAAUCCAAUAUUUUUUAAGUUAUACACAAAAUUGGAAGAUUUGAUAAUUCAGAGAAAUGUUCAGUCCUCUGCGUUACUUCACAGUAAUGUUGAAAAUACACAAAAAAAUACUGAAGUGAGUCAAAUCGACAAAAUUAAAAUAAGAAUAUCUGUAAAAAAACGCCUUUCAGAUUUAAAUUUUCUUAUGGCGAGUUUAAAUUUGUCAAAAAUUGCAGCUCAAAUUUACAUUAUUAUUCGAUCAAAAAAUCAAUUUGUGUGUCACAAGAAUAGGAUUUUGUCAGCAGUUAGUGAAGGACAUAGAAGAUUAAUAGAGAACCAUUAUUACCAAAUUGUAGGCAAAACAACCUUACAUCUAAGUGAUUUACCUUCUAAGCUUACUGUAAAAGAUGUAGUAAGGGCAGUGAGUGUGGCACUUCUUUUUGAAAUAGACAUUAAAAAAGCAAUAAAUCAUUUGUGCAGAUAUGAAGUUGAUCCAGUUUCAUUAAAGAGAGAAGUGAAGCUUCAUUUUAAACAGAUGAUGGCACAUCUAACAAUUCUACCCAAUGAUCAGAUUUUUUGUCUGUUAUAUAGAAAAGUAGAAGAGUUGUUAAUUCCAGAAGUAAAAGAGUUCAAUUGUGUGCCUUCAGUACUCCAGGUACAUAAUACUGUAGAAUCGGCAAGCAAUUUUUAUAGCUUUGGAUGUGAUCAGAACGUUGGAACUUUAUUGCCAGUUCUAGAUAGUACUUACAGCGGAUAUUUAUUACCGGACUUAUGCAUCCCAAACAGUUAUUAUGCCCCGGCAAAUAUACAGAACAAUUUCAACAGUUAUGAUUCACGGUCUUACACACCACCAUUAAAUUCACUAUGGUCAAAGGACAGCUACGACAAAGAUUUCCCAGUUCUUUCAGAAACUUCCAGAAAGAGUUUCAGAGAACACUUAAUAAAUAAUAAUACUCAAAAAACAGAAGUACCAACUUUAAAUCUCGCAAAUAAUUCUCGCAACCCAGGCUCGGAGUUAAAUAUUACAAACAGAGUUGUAUUACCGUCUAGUGGAGCUAUACCAAAAGAGAAAAGGAGGAAAAAGAGGAAAGCCAAAAAUGAUCUACAACAAUUACUCUUGGCUGCCAUUGACCAAGCCUCAACUAGUGGAAAAGUAGAGGUGAAAAAUACUGAAUCUACUGAAAAUAUGGUUUUAUCAAAUAAUCAUUCCAGUGAAGCAGUUUCAAUUAAUAACGAUUGUACAACAGAAGAGUCAGAAUUAGGUAAAAUGUCCAACACACCUACAAAUAAUGGUGAAGUUGAAAGGCAGAGUAGUUUGAACGCCCAAAAAGAAAAUAAGAAAAAGAAAAAGAAGAAGAAAAAGGCAGUGAACAACGAGUGUCUUGAUAAUUUGAGCUCUACUGGUAGUAAAAGUGAAAGUAAAGUAAAAAUCAACGAACCCGUACAAAAUCAUGCAUUAAAUACGCCAAUCCCAGAAACACAUCUUCAGGGACCAUAUAUCGAUACCCAAAAAGUUGUAGAAUUUCCUAAAAAAGAACGAACUAAUAAAAAGACCGACAGUGAUGACUUUAACUUUUCGCAUUCGUCUGAUGAGACCAAACCGGGAGAAAUAAUAUCAGAAAUAAAUGAAAGUGAAACAAUUAUGCAACCUACUGUAAUUGAAAGUCUACUAAAAUUUAUGAGCCAAAGCGAAAAUAUCAUGGAAAACGGAUUUAACAGUGAACACCCCGAUGGAUUGAGCUACAGUAUGAGUCGUCACAGUGUAACUGAAGCAAAUAUUGAUCGAUUAGAAUAUUACUCCACAAUUGACUCAGUCUCAAGGUUAUAUAUUCAGACACCAUCUACGUAUUCUCUACAGAACCAACAAGUAGAUACCAGCACAGAUACCGACACCUAUAACUUUGACUUUUGGUCAUCAGCGUCAAAAACCAAUCAAAGGGAAACAGUUAUGCUACCUAGAUUUAUUGAAAGUCGGAGUAUAUUUAAUACCCAAAACGAAAAUAACAUGGAAAAUGGAUAUAACAGUGUGCGCCCUGAUGGAUUGAGCUACAGUGUGAGUCGUCACAGUGUAAAUGAAGCAACUAUUGAUCGAUCCGAACAUUAUUCCAUAAAUGACUUAGUCUCAAGGUUAGAUAUUCAGACACCAUCUACGUAUUCUCUAGAGAAUCAACAAGUAGAUACCAGCACAGAUACCAACACCUAUAACUUUGACUUUUGGUCAUCAGCUUCAAAAGCCAAUCAAAGGGAAACAGUUAUGCUACCUCCUGUUAUUGAAAGUCGGAGUAUAUUUAAUACCCAAAACGAAAAUAUCCUGAAAAACGGAUAUAAUAGUGAACGCCCUGAUGGAUUGAGCUACAGUGUGAGUCGUCACAGUGUAAAUGAAGCAACUAUUGAUCGAUGCGAACAUCAUUCCACUAAUGACUUAGUCUCAAGGUUAGAUAUUCAGACACUAUCUACGUAUUCUCUAGAGAAUCAACAAGUAGAUACCAGCACAGGUACUACGGACCAUACUAUUGACUUGAACACCAAACUUGAAGAAUUCUUACCAGGAGUAUCCCAUGUGGAGGAAAUGAUUCGUUCUGCAUGCAACGCUUUGGUUCCAUAUACCAAUUGCGAAUCCAUUGCGCCAGAGGAUUUGUUGUUGAUUCGUAUCAGAUACCUGCUGAUACUUUAUUUUUCGAUUGUUUUAGGCAUUUCGUUUUUAGAUUGGCUAUUGACAAACGCCUUUUCCAUUUUGAUGGUGAUAUUGGUAAUUUUAUUUGUAAAAUAAGGUGAAAACGUGAAAAUAAUCACGUUUUAUUUGCAAUUGAAAAUAUUGUGAUUUUAAAGAUUUAUCAAACAUUUUUAAUGAUAUAUCAUUUGUUCAAGUAUUAAAUGUUACUAAAAUAUAUUGGCACAAGAUAUUAUAACUAGAAUAAAAAUAUAUGAAGGUCCACUCAAGCUGGAUCUUCUCUGUAAAAGAGCUUUAACCAAAAUGGUUGGACAUACCUGUUUCCUUGUAUUUAUAUAUUAUAUGUGUGUUACAUUUGCAUAGGGAAAAUAGAAAAAUGUGUUUAAGAAAACUAAUCAUUUCAUUAAAAAUAGAGUGAACCCUUUAGAUAACACCAAUAUUCUUCUUGCAAGGUCCUGAAACUGUUUUCUUGAAGUACUUAUGUUUAUAUGGGACUGAGCCACAAUAUCAUUGAUCUAAUGAAAAUUACAUUUUUAAUUAACUAAUAUUUGACGUAUCGAUUUCCAAAAUAACUCAAAAUACUGUCGGAAUUUGGUACUCCUAGGGUAAUACCACUACCUUCAAGCAAUUUCAACCACACAUGUGCUGUGGCCUUUGAGAUCUUGGCCAAAUGUGUCAAUUUUUGAAAAGAAAUACGUAACCUAAUAAAUCUAGAUACAAUCUUCCCAAAUAAAAAAAUGUAAUUUUCAUUAUAACAAUAAUUGUGGCUCAAUCCCGUAUAAACAUAGUACUUAAAUAUUGUCCUUCUGUUAUACGUUAUCCAUUAGUAAGUUACGUCUAUAAAUAAUGUUUUCCAUGUGGUCCAUGAUGUAUAAAUCCAGUUAGACAAGGCGAAAACGGCGGGUUCAAUGGGAAAAUAUUCCCAUGAGAUUUUUUUGCAUAAUUACAUUCAUGAGACAUCCCAGAAUAAGGUUCAAGAAGUCGCCCACGUGAAAAGUGGGCCAAAUUUUUAACAAUUUUUUUUAACGAAAUUGCAAAAAAUCAAUAUUUUUGGCCCAGGCAAUUUUUUUUGUAGGUUUUUUGGACCAUUCUGGAUAAAAAAGGUUUCUUAUAAUUUUUCUCUAAAGUUGAUCGUUUUCGAGUUAUAAGCAAUUUAAAAUUGAAAAAAACGAAAAAUGGCGAUUUUCAAGGCUUAAUAACUCGGUUAAAAGUUAUUAUUAUGAAAGUCAGAAAGUGACUAAACCAAAGUUUAAUCCCCCCUACAAGAUCCCGAAGAAAUUUUUGUCAUUAUUUUAUUACUAAGCUGUUAUUUUUAAUUAAUAAAAUUGAGCGCCAUGCACGUGGUAGGCGGCCGUAAAUGUGAGUGCAAGUAAGAUUCACUAUUGGACUGCCGGAGUGGCAUCUCUCUCGCACUCGGCAUUUACGGCCGGCAACCACGUGCAUGGCGCUCAAUAUUAUUACUUAAAAAUAACAGCUUA